UGGUGUCGACUCGAUAUACUUCGGACUCAAUCGAAUAAUUUAAGCCACCUACAAAAUUUCUUGGCUUGCUAAAGCUGAGGAGAGAAGAACCGCCUUUUAUUGUUUCAUUAUCUUUCUAUUUGUCACCUUCCUUAAUUUUGGAAAUAUCGCAAACUCAUGUUGGUUUAGUUGUUUUCUCAUGUAGUCUCUCACUCCGCCGUUUUCCCUUUUUGUCAGAAUCGAUUGCAUUGUGAGAGGACUGUAGAGGCCCGGAUAUGGCGGCCGCCCAGCUCGCUGCUGGCACUGCGGUUUCUUGCGGCUUACCCAAGGAAACCAACAAAUUGUAUUCUUUGGCGGUAAGCUCGAAAGGGUUUCGGUGUUCGGUGGGAAAAAGAAGAAGCUUUGGGGCAAAAUUGUUGCUGCCAUCUCCAAUUAUUCGACGGAGGGAGAUUUUUCCAAGACUGAAUUGUCAGUUAAGGCCGGAUUGCAACGUGGAGUCUGAUGACGUGGGGGAGACUGUUGCUCUUAAACAAGAACCCCUCUCCCUAGACUCAAAUGGAGGGCCUAGUGAAUUGAAUGGGGCUGUCUCUUCUCAAAUAAGUGAGAAGAGGGAAGCUACUACUGAUAAUGCUGCAAGCAAUGUUAGGCGCGAGCUUGUGAUGUUGUCGUUACCAGCAAUUGGUGGGCAGGCGAUUGAUCCGAUUGUGCAACUGUUGGAGACUGCCUAUAUUGGUCGUUUGGGUGCUGUGGAGUUGGGUUCUGCUGGAGUCUCCAUCUCACUCUUCAACAUAAUCUCGAAGCUUUUCAAUAUUCCCCUCCUCAGUGUUGCUACUUCUUUCGUGGCUGAAGACAUUGCAAAGAAUGCAAGCAAACCCUCAACCAAUAAUGCAGUAGAAAAGAUGCAGCUAUCUUCAGUGUCGACAGCUCUGUUUUUAGCUGUUGGCAUUGGCAUCUUUGAAGCUACGGCACUUGUUUUGGGAUCUGGACCUCUUCUCAGUUUGAUGGGCAUAUCACCGGCUUCUUCAAUGCGUGCUCAUGCACAGAGGUUUCUUAUCCUGAGGGCCCUAGGUGCUCCUGCUUUUGUUGUUUCUUUGGCCCUUCAAGGCAUUUUUCGCGGCUUCAAGGAUACAACAACGCCUGUAUACUGUUUAGGAUUUGGAAAUUUUACAGCUAUACUCCUCUUUCCCCUGUUUAUGCAUUAUUUUCAGUUAGGUGUCAAUGGAGCUGCAAUUUCCACCGUUAUCUCUCAAUACAUUGUCACCUUCUCAAUGGUAUGGUGUCUUAACAAGAGAGCGGUAUUAUUGCCUCCAAAGCUCGGCGAACUGCAGUUUGGUAAUUAUCUGAAAUCAGGUGGUUUUCUAAUUGGGAGGACUCUUGCUGUUCUUCUCACGAUGACACUUGGUACAUCCAUGGCGGCUCGCCUGGGCCCCGUAGCUAUGUCUGCUCAUCAAAUUUGCACCCAAGUUUGGCUUGCUGUAUCACUACUUACUGAUGCACUUGGAGCAGCAGCUCAGGCCUUGGUCGCCAGUUACAUAUCCAAAAAAGAGUAUGCUAACGUGAAGGAUGUCACUCAGUUUGUAUUAAAGAUUGGUCUUGUUACUGGCAUUUCCUUGGCUGUGAUACUAGGUUUUUCUUUUAGUUCAUUGGCUCCGAUAUUUACCAAGGAUGCUGAAGUCUUGAGGAUCGUUAGAACUGGUGUCCUGUUUGUCUGUGCCAGCCAACCUAUAAAUGCUCUAGCUUUUAUACUUGAUGGUCUCUACUAUGGUGUCUCGGAUUUCCGUUUCGCUGCAAUCUCAAUGAUGGGGUCUGGUGCAAUAUCAUGUGUGGUUUUGCUAUAUGCUCCUAAGCUUGUUGGUCUUCCCGGUGUUUGGUUCGGUCUGACUCUUUUAAUGGCACUGAGAACAGCAGCUGGAUUCAUCAGAUUGUCACAACGUAGUGGCCCGUGGUGGUUCCUCCACAGCGAUCUUAACAAAGUCAAGCUUGUAUGAUGAGAAUUCAAGAAGUGAAGGAUGUUUGAGAACUCUGUAGCCCUUUGGAGCCAUGGAAGAACAAUCUGCAGGAGCUUGUUUGGAGGGUGCAACACUGAAAUUUACAAUUUAUAAAUCAAGUGGAUGGAUGCAAUUUAGGUUUUCUUCUUUCUUUUUAUUGGUCAAAAGAUCACACUGUCUCAACACAACUUGUCUAAGGGCAUCGGCAACGCAGGCUUGCUCGCUCGUCCUGCAGGAAUGACAUAGCCAUGAGCUGCGUUGCAAAUAUCUCAUGGGGGAGGGAAAGCUAGCGGGCCACUUGUCACGCCCACAUGUGGCCCGCGCAGCCAGCUAGAAUGGAGUGUGCAGCCCACAUGUGGACGUCCGAGUGAGCUUCAUUUCAGUCUAUUAAUUCUAAGUUUUUAACUACCAAUACUUUUAUAAAUACUCCAAUUCUCUCCAUUUUCUUCGCACUCUAAUUCAUUUUCUUCGCUCGAA